AGGUGACGAGGUUGAGGGCGUGUGGUCGUCUUCUAGUGUACCUCCUGCCCUGAAGCGAAGCAGCAAUUAUGUACGAAAAAAUGGUGAGCAGGCCCGUCUCGGUCUCGAGGUGGCAGAGUCAUAGGUUACGCAGGCGUGUAUUCUGUAAAAGUGAAUUACUUCUAGCUGCCGCUACGAGUCGUCGUCGUGCAGCAAGUACUAUGAAAUAGAAGCUGCGUACAACAGAACUUUGGCUUUAUUCAUCACAGAAAUUACACCCCACGAAUUCGCUUGUUUGGCUUUGCUUGCCAUGUGCAUGAAAAAAAGUUAAAUUUUUUGAGCAAGAACGGAAAGAACAGUGAAUAAAUUCAACCCUCGGCUUCAUGAUGAAACGGUUGUUUCACGGAACGUCACGCGAGAUGGACUUUGGCGUGACGUGACCUCGUCAAUAGUCUGUCACUAGUGAUUGGACUUGCGGAAUAAGGGAGCCCGCGUGCCCCCAGCGAACGAGGCCGCGGUCCUCGCAAGUGUCGAUUGCAAUCUCUGCUGUCGAGGAACAGGAACAGGAACAGCACACUCACACAGCAGUAGAGUGAGAAAACCUUGCGGGGGUAGAAGUUGCGCGACGCCACCGACUUGUUCAAGAAGUAGAGGUCGACUCAUCGCCCAGCAUGGAUCGCAAGCGGAACCCGUUGGGGUUCCUGGACGAGCUCCUGGAGGAGGAGAAGAUGAGCAACGAGCACUUUGGGUCCGUGCAAUUCUGGAAGAAUUACGAGUUUAUCGACGUGACACGGUUGUACAACCCCCGGUCGAUCGAGUACCGCAACGUCAAGCUGAUCGUUUACGAGGCGUUUUUCUACAUGAUUGGGGUGCUGAUGCUCACGCUGUACAUAAACAGCUACAUGGGCGACGGCGGCAUGAACCUGGAGGCGCGCAACCAGCAAGAACGGUACUGGGGCGGCUGCGAGGCGAAGCGGGGGUCCUGUAAGAUCGAUGACGUAAAGGACGGCUCGACGCUCUUGGUGUUUUUGCAGGAAACCAUAAUACCGAAACUGUUCACAGACCAGCCGGAAUAUUACGCGCUAACCACGUCGGAAUCAACGGCGAACUCUCUCUACACGUUAAAUUCAGACUCCGUGCCCUGGUUGCCAAGGUAUUGUAUCAGAGUAAGAAUGCCAGUGAAAGUACCCAAAGGACAAUACCUAUAAAUUUUUGUUGGAGGAACGUAGAAUAAGUACACCACUUCGCUGCACACACCAUAAGCACAUUUCCCGCUAGCAGACUUUUGGCGUCACUUAGUUCAAGAACUUGAAGAGAUUUUUUGUACACAUCAAAAUCGAAAUCAGAUAUUGUGGCGACACAAAGACCAUCGUUAUGUUGGGAAACACGCGGGUGAGACAACUUCGUGUCCAGAAAAAUCGUGGCUGCAACGUUCGUACGGAAUUUGCGGGCCUGAAGAUCGGCAAGGGAGGCGCAGUCGAUGAAACGCCUAUAGCAUGCUAUCCUCCGUUUUCCGAAGAAGUGGAAUCGCAAUUAACGUACCGAAAAUUUGCUAGCGUGCCUAUAUGUAAACGUAAAGCUAAAGUCUUCGUGAUCUUUGAUGAUUGAAAACCAAAACCGCGUUGCCAUUCAUUUACUUUCGCCUUAUGAUAUGUUGAGAACGUGAACGCUCAGCACACGACAAGCAACUGCAAAAACUUUGGUCUUUUUAUCUAUCAAAGCCUACGAAAAUUUCAAGGUACCCCGCGAAGCACGUGCCAGCGAUAGUGAAGGACUUCUACACGCAUUCACUCGACCGCUCUAAGGCGAUCGAAGCGCUCAAUGCGAACUCUCUAUCAGGCUCGGUGAAAUUGCCCAGUAUACAGAAUUUGAUGCGCAACAACGCCAGCAUGACGACAAUGCAGGGAAGACACGCGGUCUACCCCGGGGAGGGUUUCUACUUCGAUUUGCCGCUGAAAAGGCGCGAAGCAGAAAACGUAAUCACGGAGCUGAGGAGUUGGGACUUUUUGGACAAAAGCACACGAGCCGUGAUUGUCGAGAACACGGUAUGUCAAUACCAUCACUUCUACCUGCCGUUGCGCCACUUUUGUUGAGGAUAUCUACUCGUGUGUCUUUACAGUGAAGACGAUGACUUCGUCAGAUUUUGUACAUCUUCAUAAGACGGUGUCUAAUCACAUUCAGAAAAAUGGCACAACAACAUGUGAGCUUUGUUCUAUGCAUCAUGAUACCAUCCUGCAUAAAAUCAUGCGCGACCCUUUCAUGACAAGUUGAGUCUUUGUUUUGUACAUCUACAUUCACGAUUGGAAAUGGCACGAUGCAUGUGUGUCUGUGAACCUGAACUGCACCUCAAUGAUAAUACUAUAAAUACAGGUCGUGAACCCGAACACGAACAUCAUUGUGUCCAACCGCCUCCUCUUCGAAUUUAACGCCUUCGGGACAGUUUCCGUGCGGCAAGACCACGUGCCAAUCUAUCGCGCCAAAAAAAAUGAUCAUACUCAUACUUUCGCCAUUUUUGGCCAAAAUCCAAUCAAUCGGAAUCGAGGCAAAAAAGUGCACUUUUUAGCGUAUGACCACUUUUUUUAGCCAGGACGCUAUGGCGAUUCUGGUACUUUUUCAGAACCAGCCUUGUCCGCCCGUGAUUUGCAUUCUUUUAAAUGUGACGCUUUUCUGCGUUUUGAAAGAAUAGCGCCGCGCUAAAAAAAGUGGUCAUACGACUUUUUGUCGCGUUUUCUUCUAGAAAAGUUGAAAAAAGUAUGAGCGCCCCAAUUUUAGGGCGCCGGAAAAUGGUAUGAUCACUUUUUUCAAACACGGCGGUAUGGCCCACUACAUGUGGCCCACGCCAGGAAAAUAAAAGUGAUCAUACCCAAAGUCGCCGCAUUUUCAGUCUUUGCAGAAUCUGUGAAGAAAAGUGCUACUUUUCAGGUCAAAAACGGCAAAAGUAUAAGUAUGAUCAUUUUUUUCAGCGCGAUACAAUCCGAGCGACGUUGUUGAGCAUGUCUCUCCUCGCAACGGACGAAAAGGUGUCCUUCAUGUUUCUCGUCAUUUUCCGCGCCUUCUUCUUCCUGUAUUUCGUCGCCGCGGUGUGGUUUAUGUACAAAAACCGGCUGGGGUAUUUUUUCUACGCCUGGAAUCUCCUGGACGUGGUAAUCAUCGUGCUUUUCGGGAUCCACCUGGGCGUGCAGUUCACCACCUUCACCGACGUGCUUUCCGAGACCCAGUUUCUGCCCGAAAUGCUCGGCAUGCCGGAGUUUUUCUUCAGUUUCUCGAAGCUGCGAGCGGGGUUGGUCGCGAGCGAUGGACUCCUGUCCGUCAUAGGUCUGCUGUGUUGGCUGCGCACACUCAAAUUUUUCACACUGCUGGAUAGGUUUAGGAUACUCACGAGGACGAUAGAAAGAACCUUCGAGGAUUUGGCAGUCUUCGCCCUGCUGCUUGCGACUAUAAUCUUCGGCUUCAGUAUUUUUUUACUUGCUGCAUGUUUUCAUUCUUCUGAUGACUGCAUGUUAGCUUUUUUGCAAAUUUGCAUCUGUGCAAUCGGCACGCGUUGCUGCUUGUUCCGCUUAGUGUUUAUAAAAAUCUGUGCCUGCACAACUUUACGCUUCCAGGUGUCGCUUUCUGGGUAGGCUUCUACAACCGAGAAGACGUGCCGGAGUUCCAGACCUUCUUGAGUUCGAUGUCAACCUUGUUCUUCAUGCUUGCAAAAGGCGUCAAGUUGGAGUUUCUGUUCGAGAACAACCAUUGGCUGCCACAAGCACUUUACGUCACCUACCUGAUCGUCGUCUACUUCCUUCUAGUCAACAUGUUUAUGGCGAUCGUCAACGACACCUUCACACUUGUCACGUACUCGGCACGACACCAAGGCAGAAAAUCAUUCGCGCAGGACAGUGUGACAUGGUAAGUUUGAUGUAGUUGCACCUCGUCAGGCAUUGCAGCAGCAGCUAUGACCUAUUUAAACAAAAAGGACUUGAGGAAAGAAAGCGCUGAUUCGCUUUCUGUCUGCUGACCCUCAUCGACACGACACUAACACGUAUAUUCAGGUGCUUCCUGAUAAGUUACGCGGCGAAGCUGAAGGGUGAAGUCUUCCUUGGCGGUGACGAACUGGACGAGGAUCGAGGGCACCUGAAAGAGCAGUUUAUCGAGGUAUCCGCACUGCCAGACGUCUUGCAGAAAGCGUGGGAGGUAAAACGGGAGCAGAUUCGAUCUCUCGUGCAGCAGAAGGUAGAAACCAUGGGCCACACAGCGGAGAUUCAAAAAUUAAAAGCCGAAUUCGACGACUUCGACAGGAAAGGCGUAAUUAGCCGAGUGCAAAUACAGAGGCUCCUUGACGAAGACGAGAUACUAGUGCACAUCUUGAGCACCAACAAGGCCAUUGACGUCAUACGACGAUUCUCGGUAGCUGUUCUGUUUCACUUUUCCUUUUGUAGGCCAAGGCCUCUUGGUUAUGCAAGUAGUGAUCCGUGUGUCAACAUUAACUCCCAAGAACGGCAACCGCGCUUCCUUUUUGUGUCCGUGAGCCAGAGAGUUGACGACGGUGGAGGUGAAAAACCUUCUAUCACACGGCUUCGUGUAUGUCGUCGCGUCAUUUUUGCCCGAGCUGUAGUGUUUAGCACAUGAAUUCUGGCUACCUACUUCAACCGGCUGCGCUUACUACAAUGGCGCGGGUAGCGCGAGGGCGCGCAUACCUGUCAUAUUCGCACGCCGCACUUUGAGAGCAUCCUUUAGAUGCGACAGUUCCCUCAAGUUUGAAGUGUGCACGGUACGGUCCCGCGGGUGCGGUGCUCGAGGGGCUGGCCACCCUGAGGACAGCAACGUAGUGCGGGGGGCAGUGGAGGGAUGCUCUGACAGCCCGCGCCUUUUUUGGAGUUGCAUCUCUUCUGCAGCGCUGCGCUGCGUUUGCUUCUGCCGCACACAGGUGUGACGGCACGACAUCGCUAAUUGAGAACACAUGCCUUACAUCGGCCUUGCCUACUUGAUGCUUUCACAGAUCAAUAUGAAUUUUCCACGUGUCGUGUUUAGCGACGCUAUUCUGACCACCCCAGGGCACACGUGUGCAAUCCUGCAAUCGCGCGGGGAGUACGGUCAGCCGUGCAAUCCUGCCAUUGCCGCACGCCCAUUGGGGUUGAGGAUGUGGAUCUGGUUGUGCUGACCUAAUUAACUCCUCCCUCGGGGUCCCGCGGGUGCGACGCCAGAGGGAUGUCGCCUAGCGCUCCUGAUGACGGCGACGUAGUGCGAAGCUCAGGCUUCCGCAGGGAUCUCGGGCGGCAGCCCGUGCGCUUUUCUUUGUUUUUCCAAGUACGACGAAGGACGAAGAGUUGUCGUGGUGCCUUCGUUUUGGCGUUGCAUUUUUCGCCAAAAAGAACCAAAACGAUCUACUUGAAUGCGGAGAUGCAGUAGGUCCAUCAUUUUCAUCUUGCACGACGAGUGACCACUACAGCUGGUACUCAUACAAAAAUUCAGGUGCCGCAAUUCCGCAACAGUAACGACGAUGCCUUCCACGAGAUUACAACGCUUCAAGAAAACGUCUUCUCCAAACUGGAAGAGUUUGACGGUGGCGAAAACAAGCUCGAGUUCGGCUGCAUAGAAACGUACAGGCGCACGACAUGAAUGAUGUUUUCUUUUUUCUUGUUUCCUGAACCUGAACUUUCGCAACGAAAUUGAAAUAGUGGUCCUCACUGCAUGAUCGUACUUUAUUUUUUACGAACAAUGAGCAAUACAGACAGCGAUGUCGUCGCGCAUCAAUCACAUUAUUCUUGACACAUCAGGUUGAAACUCGUGUCCACGGGGUUACAGGAUGCCAUGAGUGAGAUAUCAGAAUGAAAAAUCCCCCCUCCCCAUAUUAAAACGAACUUUCUGAUGCUGGAUUUGCGUACACAAAUCAGAUUUGUCUUGCUGGCGAGGACUGCAGGUCCAUAUUAAUCCCGAGCCGCCAGGUUUUGGCCUAGGCGCUUAGCAUGACAGACGUCUACGCUGUAGCUAAAACAGCACGACAAACCGCCUGUAGAAUGCGGCGGAGCUUGUUGUGGAGUUGCCUUCAUGCAACACAGAGACGAUUUGUGACCUCAAAUCAGCAACAUAAAUUUUCGGCAGCAUACCUUUUCAAUAUGGGGAGGGGGGAUUUUUCCUUUUGAUAUGAGAUCCAGAACCAAUGGCGAAACGAGCUGACGUCCGUGCUGGAGUCGACCAACCACCUCGCCAGUUAUCAAAUGUAAAAAUGUCUGGGUCUGGAAGAAUACGAGAUCUGUCAUGCUAGUCUGGCAUGACACUGAGCUCUGUAUUGCGUGGCCAGCAAGAGGUCCUCUAGUCUGUCAUGCAAAAACGCUGUCUGUCAUGCGGAAUACGCAACACGGAGGCACGGAAAAGUCUGUCAUGCUUGGCAGUGUAUUACAGUGCCAUUUCUAUUCACUGACAUGCAUCACAACUUUCCCGACCCAGACAUAUUUGCAGUGCAUACCAUUAUCUUGACGACGAUGACUCAAAAAAUGGAAAAGAUCCAGAUGAAUCACACGUCCAUUGUCCACGAAGCUGGCUUGCAGCAGGUCACCGCAACCAAGGAGGACGACAAAAACAAAAAGGGCGGAGGAGGCUCGGCGGGCUAGUUGGCGAAAUCGCUGAGUCUUGCGCAAAACUGUUUACAGCACGAGGGGAACAACGUAAGGCGCCACUACACUUGACUAUACUAAAACAAAAAUAGAGAUUUCAACCAAUCCGAACCGGUUCACUAUCCUAUCCUUGUAAAUUCGAUUCUAGCAAAUUAAAGUCAAACAGUAGAGCACUCUUGUGCCCGCAUGAGCUGCUGCUAGCUACAGAAACCAAACCUAUUCUGAUUUUGUUAUUCGAUUAUACACCAGACACAAGAUGUUAUUCGCGUUUUUGAUUAAUGUCAGACAAGGGCGUGAGCAGAGAGGAACAGGCGAUGAAGUGUAGAAGGGUCGACGCAAAAAAGCUAUGACGCGAUGAUGUGGCACCUGCCGCUCUGCAGUGUCUAGCGAGUAGCUUCUGCCUCGGCCGCGCGAGGACGUUUGUCCAGAAUUCGAGAUAAUUGCACCAGAUCUUCAGAGCUUGAUGUUGUUCCAGUAUCUGUUGAUGUUGGCAGUUGUUGUACGCUUUUGCGAGUUGUAUUUCAAAUGUUUCGAAACAGAUUUACACA